AUGUGCCCUAAAUCCCGCAACGGUGAGACACAGGAGCGCGAAGAGGAAGAGAGGAAGAAACGCCUGCAGUUGUAUGUGUUUAUUCUGCGCUGUGUCGCCUACCCGUUCAACGCCAAGCAGCCCACGGACAUGACCAAGAGGCAGAUCAAAGUCACCAAGCACCAACUGGACGUCAUUCAGGGGCGCUUCCAGAGCUUUCUGAAAGGAGAGCUGCAGAUAGCAGCAGACGAAGCCUUCAUCAACGCCGUGCAGAGUUAUUAUGAGAUCUUUCUCAAGAACGAGCGCCUCGCUUCCAUGGUGACUUCCGGUGCCUGCUCCCAGCAUGACCUAAGGGAGGUCUUCAAACACAACGUGGAAAAGAGAGUUAGGUCCCUCCCGGAAAUUGACGGUCUCAGUAAGGAGACUGUGCUCACCUCCUGGAUGGCCAAGUUUGACAUGAUAAUUAAAGGUGAAGAAGACAGCAAGAGGCCAGGUCGGAUGCAGCAACCGCUCAACAGUGAGCUCAUUAUGCCUAAAGAGCAACUCUUUGACAUGUUUCAGCAAAUCUUAGGCAUCAAGAAAUUUGAGCACCAGCUGCUGUUCAAUGCACUUCAGCUGGACAGCCAAGAUGAACAAGCUGCAGCUAUCCGGAGAGAGUUGGAUGGACGCAUGCAAAAGGUUGCAGAACUAGAGAGGAAUCGCAAGCUGAUGCCCAAGUUUGUGGUGAAAGAAAUGGAGUCCCUUUAUCUGGAGGAGCUUAAGACUUCAAUAAACCUCUUGAUGGCCAACCUAGAGAGUCUUCCUGUUUCAAAAUGUUCACAGGAAGGCAAAUAUGGGUUACAAAAACUCAGAAAGUACAAUCAUAGGUGGAACUGGAGUAACUAUAUCCUUCAUCAACACCUGCAUACAAGAAAUCAGCGUAAUACAUUUGUGUGAAAUAACAGCCCAUUUUGAAAGACAUGUUCAUCAUUUCUUCUAGCUAUUCCUAACAAAGUACUCACCCGUUCAAGUAAAGAUAA